AUGGAUGUACUCGCUUUAGAGGCAAAGAGUGUAAAUGGAGCAGAACCUGAGAAGAAGUCUUCAUCGAGGCCAAAACCGAAACCUCCCAAAAAGGCCAAAAGGAUUGUUUACUUUGAGGUGGAGAUCGUGGAUUUAAAGACUAAAGAGAAACUGCUGCUGCUGGAUAAGGUGGAGCCAACGGCCACUGUUUUGGAUAUCAAAGCUUUAUUUCACAAAUCAUAUCCAAAGUGGUAUCCAGCCAGACAAUCACUGCGUUUGGAUCCAAAGGCAAAGUGUCUCAGAGAUGAAGAAAUUCUGCAGACACUUCCUGUGGGAACCACAGCCAGCUUUUACUUCAGGGAUCUAGGACCUCAGCUCACAUGGGGAACGGUGUUCCUGACAGAGUGUGUUGGCCCACUGAUCAUAUACCUAAUGUUCUACUUCCACCUUCCCUUCAUCUACUCUCCGAAAUAUGACUUCACCAGCAGCAAGCACUGGGUCGUUCACUUGGCCUGCAUAUGUCACUCCUUUCACUACAUCAAGAGGAUCCUGGAGACACUGUGUGUCCACCGUAUCUCCCAUGGGACCAUGCCUCUCAAAAACAUAUUUAAGAACUGUGGCUAUUACUGGUGCACUGCAGCUUGGAUGGCGUACUACAUUAACCACCCUCUCUAUACCACGCCCUUUUACGGGGAGCAGCAGGUGAAUACAGGACUUUACAUUUUCUUGUUUUGUCAAAUUGGGAAUUUUUCCAUCCACGUUGCACUUCGUAACCUCAAACCACCAGGGUCAAAGGUCAAGAAGAUUCCUUACCCAACAAAAAAUCCCUUCACAUGGAUGUUUUGGCUGGUGUCCUGUCCGAACUACACAUAUGAGGUUGGCUCCUGGAUCGGCUUCACAGUGAUGACACAGUGUGUGCCUGUGGCUUUCUUCACUCUUGUGGCCUUCAUCCAGAUGACUGUGUGGGCCAAAGGCAAACACGGCGGCUACUUAAAGGAGUUCAGAGAUUAUCCGACCCUGCGCUCCUCCAUUCUCCCCUUCAUCCUGUAG